AGCGGCUCACUUGACGGCAGCAGGGACGUCUCAUGCUCAUGGCAGACUAGCAGCCAGUCCUGAAAGUAAAAGCAGUCGUAAAACUCGUCGGAGCUCUUUGGCUAUCGUGUAACAAGAAACUUCCCUUGCGACGUCGUUAAUCUGAGACAACAAUCAGUUCACAGACACGGUGAAAAGUUUAUUUUAAGCGAAGGGCUACUUGCGCUGCUCUGUUGCUACAACUUUGCUCGGUCCAGUAGCCGUUCAGCCGCGACCACACCCUCCCUGCUUCCUCAUAGUACUGCAGCGGGAGCGCGCAGCACGACUUUGAAUCUCUGGGAAUAACGGCCACCUUUUCCAGCUACGUUUACGGUUUCGCUGAUCGUGGGACGUGCCAUGUCAAGUGAGUUAAAUGUUUAAAGACCACCGACUGAUAUGGCUAUGAGAAGGGAGUCCCCACAGAGAAAAUGCGGGGCGACACACCAUCUGGUCCCGAGCUAAGACGCAGAGGAGGAGGUGGAGGGCGGACAGACGGACGAUGUAUAUGGAGUCGAAGCGACCGGAGCAACUGCUAGCUUCUAACCCAGGACUCUGUUUGAAAAAGAAGAGGUUGAAAGUGGACUGAGGGUGUUUAUGUUGUUGGAAAGUCUGGUCUUCCGGUGGAUUUUACUUGGGAGGACUCAUGAAAUGAUGGUGCUGGAGGGAAACGCAGGUCUUCCCGCUGUCCAAAAGAGCUGCCCGGGUGCUGCCCCGUUUGUAUCCAGCAUGAGUACGACAGGCCGGUCAAACUCAUUGGGAACAAGUCGGAGAAGAUCUCGAUGCUCUUCCAGGCUACUUGCUCUGAUGCGAGUGGACACAAAAUGAUAUCCUGUUGAUUACAGUCACAAAAAAAGACUGACAAGGGCAACUACUAAAUGUUGAGCUUUUGUUUUCUUGGCUAUAGUCAUAAAAAAACCUCGGAGAAGGAACCCUACGUUACAAAAAUAGCACAGAGGCAGUUCAGCAGAUGUAAUUCCAAUUGGGAAUGUGUUCUUGUGUCAAAAGAUAAGUAGCUUUUGACAUUAUUUUUUAAUUCUCAAUCUGCACUUUGCCUUUAGAAGGCACCUUGGCAGCACUGCAGUGUGUGUGAUUUCCUUUUUAAUUCAGCAACCUGUGAAUUCUGUUCCACAAAAACCUGGGACUACAAUGAGCGUAUAGACUUUUUUGGAAUAUGGUGUUCAGGGCAUUUAAAUUAAUUUGUCAAGAUAAGAGCAUAUAGCUUAUUACACUGAUUACUCAGAAGUUGUAUGGAUUUUUAAAUCGGUUGUGUUACAUUGUAAAAUUACUAAUAACCAAGGCAGAUAACUGGGAAUAUGCUAGAUCACAGUUUAGGCUUUUAUCAUAAUACACUUCAACAUAAGUAAAUUCAGUAGUUGAGUUUUGCUCGUUCUACAUGUUUACAUUGAGAAUACACGUCCUGUGUGUUAACAUAAUGUACAGUUGAUCACCAGUACUCUGAAUGACGCUUAGGAAGACUGUUUGGCCAGUUGUUAUUUAAAAGAGUUAGUAAAAAGCAGUGGGGUGAGGCUUAUUUUGAUAAUGUCUUAAACAGUACAAUGCAGUGUGAGGCAGCAGAAAACUAUAAAUAAUUUAACCCCUCCAGAGGAGCUGUUUGACCCCCCCCUCCCUUCCACUCCUAUUAUGGCUAGUGGUGGCUCUGGCAAGUCAGCUAGCGAGGGAUCACCCAGCACACCCAGUGGCAGUUUGCAGCAGAGGAAGCAUCUCUCCUCCAUCUGUGACACAUGUAAGGCCAAGAUGCAGCUGGUGGCCGACCUCCUCCUGCUGUCCAGUGAGACCAGGCCGGUCAUGACCUCUGAAGGUGUGGCAGUGGCCGACACCUUCGACCAGUGCCGCGACACCGUCAUCGCCAGGACUAAAGAGCUCUCCAUUCUCACCCAUGACAUUCAGAGCCAGCUCAACAUGGGCCGCUUCACCGAGGUGGGGGACCGCCUCUUGGAGAUGGCCGACCUGGUGGUGUCUUUGACAGAGUGCUCGGCUCACGCUGCUUACCUGGCUGCCGUGGAGACCCCCGGCUCACAGUCGUGCCUGCCGGGUCUGGUGGACCGCUACAAGGUGACCCGCUGCCGGCACGAAGUGGAGCAGAGCUGCAGCGUCCUCCGAGUCACACCCUUGCCAGACCUCACCCCCCAGCUCCUCCUCGAGCUCUCUCAGAACAUUUCCACCAACCUCAAGAAUCUAACGGACAUCUCGUCGCUGGCCAGCGAGAGGUCCAGGGACCGCUUUGCAAAAGAGCAGUUUAAACUGAGUGUCAAGAGCAUGAGCAUGAGCGGCACAGCCUUCCUGGCUUGUGUCAAGGAGGUGAAAACCCAGCCCAGUGAGCUGACCAGGAACCGCUGCGUCCUCUUUAGUGCCGCCCUGGUCCAGGCUGUCAGUGCCCUGGUCGGGUUUGCGACAGAGCCUCAGUUCCUGGGAAGGGCUGCGAGUAUCUCCACUGAAGGGAAGGGGGUACAGACUGCAGUGUUAGGGGGGGCCAUGAGUGUGGUUUCAGCCUGUGUCCUCCUCACUCAGGGCCUCAGGGAUGUUGCACAGCAUCCAGAGAGCAGCUCCAAAAUGGCAGACUACCGUGAGCGCCUGCGUAAUUCAGCGUGUGCUGUUUCGGACGGCUGCACUCUGCUCACACAGGCGCUCAGAGAACGCUCCUCUCCAAGGACUCUGCCGCCAGUCAACUCUCAUUCUGUGAAUUAGUUUAGGAAGAGGCAACACGAGCUCCGGUCCCCUCUGUCCUAUUCUGACGUACCAAAGAGACUCACUUGGGUUAUCCCUGUUCAUCAGGUUUAGAGUCAGAGUAACAUCAGCAGAAGGCUGUCUGUGGGUCUGUUCAUGCGGUUGACAUGCAGAGGAGCACAACAACCGCUGCAGGAUUUUGUGUCGCGCUGGAUGCGACUCAAAUCUUGUUAGAAACGGUCCACUUGACCGCUCUGGGCCUGACCCGGGCUCGGCUGACAGCCCACUCUCACCAACAGACAGCAGCCUUCAAACCUGAAAAGUUUACCUCAGUUUUCAGCUCUGGUGAAAACACUAGCCUUGAUGAUGGAUGUAGCCUCGCUGUGUGAACCUAUGGUUGGCUGAUUUGAUUACAUGUGCUUUGUGAGAUUGGAAAGAGUGAUCUGAGCGUCUCAGUGCUUGCUUCUUUUUUUAUUUUUUUUUCAACGUGUGAAUUCUUAAUUGGUAAAAGCUGCUGUGAGUGUGUGCCAUAGGUUUUACACUAUUUACCAGACUUCCCAUAGUAUUUUAAAGUGUUCUGAUCAUGCAUGUAAUGGAGUAUUUAUUUCAACUAUUAAAAAUGUUGUUUCAGAGA